AUGCAAUCUCAUUGGCUAUUCAGAGAGGCUUUGCUGAACCGCAAAGAGGCGGACGGUAACGAUGGACCCUGGUCGAGCUUUUCUAUCCACGUCGGCACGCCCCCUCAGGCCACCCGAGUACUCGUGUCGAGUGUCGUAGGGGAAGCCUGGGUGAUUAGCGAUAAUAAAACGCAAGGAGGCUGCUUUGAUUCAGACUCGGAUCAGUGCCCGCAGUCAAGAGGUGGCUUAAUCAACGUAAAUCAGUCAAGCACAUGGCAGGAUCAGGGCAUCUACGGACUAGGCGCAGAGAUCAAUCUCCCAGAUUACACCACUGGUUACGACAACGGUGAUUAUGGCUUGGAAUCCUUGGGAAUAGGCUUGCCUGGAUCAGAUGGGCCUACCUUGAGUAACCAAGUAGUCGCUGCUCUUGCGACGAAAGACUUCUAUCUCGGAAGCCUUGGCGUCACUUCGAGGCCUACAAAUUUCACGGGAUUUAAUGACCCUCAUCCGAGUUUCCUGUCAUCCUUAAAGAAUCAAAGCCAUGUAUCAAGCCUCACGUAUGGUUAUACAGCUGGAAAUCAAUAUAGGCUAAAGAAGGUAUUCGGAAGCUUGACACUCGGUGGCUAUGAUCAGUCGAAGUUUAUCCCUAACGACGUCUCCUUUCAAUUCGCAACCGAUAUUUCGCGCGAUCUCGUUGUAGGCCUUCAGUCAAUCACUUUCAGUGAUUCGAAGAACACAAAUAAGCCGCUGCUCUCUCAAGGCAUUCUCACCUUCGUUGAUGCCUCCGUUCCUCAUAUAUGGCUCCCCAACGACACCUGCACAGCUUUUGAGAAGGCUUUUGGCCUUCAAUACAAUUCUACUGUCAACAGGUACUUAGUAAACGACACUCUCCAUGACCAGCUCCAGCAGCAGAACGCCAGCGUAUCUUUUGUUUUGGGUAAUGCGAUCAGCGGCGGUGCAACCGUCAAUAUCACACUGCCUUACGCGGCUUUUGAUCUCUCUGUCGGCCCUCCGAUUGUCAAUAAAACUCAACAAUAUUUUCCCUUACGACGGGCAAAUAAUGAAACUCAAUUCACACUCGGACGUACGUUUUUGCAAGAAGCGUAUUUAAUUGUCGACUUUGAGCGCUCUAAUUUCACAAUUUCCGAAUGUCUUUUUCAAGCCAACACCCCUUCGCAGCUUGUAGGUAUUGAGUCCGCAAACACCACAGCUCCGGGUAUGACGAAGACUCAAUCAUCUGGCCUGUCAACCGGCGCGAUUGCGGGCAUCGUCGUCGCUGCGGUUGUAAUUCUAGCUCUUGCUGGAGGUCUCUCAUUAUUCUGCAUCCUUCGCAGAAGGCGCAGAAGCAGAGAACAAGCAGAGGUAAAGAAGGUGCAGGAAGAGGCGGCUGCAGAUCCACUGGCCCAAAAAGCUGAGAUGGAAGGUUCCACUAAGCCUCCCUUGGGUGAGCUUUUUGCACCAGGAAAGCGGGGUCUUACCAGCGACAGUCACGAAAUGGAAGGUACCAAUGGUGGGUUCUAUAAUGCAGAAAAAGCACGGGCUGAAAUGGAAGGCGAUAAGGGAGGUGCAGAGAUUGGUGGAACCAAAGAGCGACAUGAAAUGAACGCGGGGCCUCGCAUUGGCCCAGUGGAGAUGUGGGCUGGUUCACACGGAUUAUAUGAACUAUCUUCUACGCAAGUCGAUGAAAGCUCCAGACCAUCACCACCCAGUAAGAUACAUUCCUCAUCUGGUGAUAGUCGGCCCUCCCCGAACAGCCCUGGUAGCACCAGGAGAAGCAACCGCUUUACCUGGGGCAGAAGUUCCCGCUCCAGCGUCUCCAGACACCGAGACCAAAGCAGCGGCAUCUCAUCUCCAUCUCCAAGUGAAGGCCCAGCCAGCUUGAGGGAGCGUGGAAGUGGCCAGGACGGUUGGAAUAUUGAGCACAACCCCGAGCCUCAACAACCGCCUCGAGCUCUCACGCCUCAGGAUGAUUCGAGCUCAAGCUACAGACGGGAGCGCGCGAGGCGCGGUGACGACCUCACACGCCGGUUGCAAAGCUCCACCAGUGUAGGAGGGGAGUCUCACCUAUCUGUUCCUUCUCCUUCAGGUGACAGUAGUCCAAUCUCUAAGCAGAGCGGCGUGGAUAGGUGGAAUGAGCGGUUUGGUAGUCGACCCCGCGAGCACAUUGCUUCGCAAACGUCACAAACCUCUCCCCACCAAUCGAUCUCAUCACCUAGCAGUGACAGCAGAAAUCGGGAGAGACGAAAAGCUUCUACGCCGGUUCGGCACCAUUUCGAGCUCUCGCGCCAACGUCGCUCGAUCUCCUGGAGCUCCGCACCCCCGGGUGCCCACCGCUCAAUCUCGUGUUCGGCCAGGCUGUCGAAGGAAGAGAAAAAACCGCGAGUUGCAGAACAAGCCCUUGACAAGCAUAACGACCAUCAUGGCGCCUUCUCGCGAACAGAUAACACCGUCCAGAUAGAACAUCCGGAGCCUGCCGACUAUCCACAGGAGAAGCAUUACCAAGGACGGGGUGGGAUGCAUUUCAAGAGAACGCUGCCCAGCUUCAGUUUGGAUGGCAAGACCGUUGCGAUCACCGGUGGCGCCCGAGGUUUAGGUCUGGUCAUGUCGCAAGCAUGUCUUUUGAGUGGUGCCAACGUCGCCUUAGUGGAUUUGAGUAAGGAGGAGGGUCAGCGACAGGCCGACAAUAUGGUCACUCAUUUUCUGCAAGAAAACCCCGGAGUCGAAGAAGAACCUGUGGUCACUUCACAUUACUGCGACGUUGCCGAUCCCGAAUCUGUCAACGCGACCCUCGGCGAAAUUAUCAAGGAGCACGGAAAAUUGGACCACCUCGUCACAUCUGCUGGCUUCACCGAGAAUUUCGAUGCCAUUGCCUAUCCACCAGAUCGCCUCAAGAAACUGAUGGAUGUUGAUUUCAAUGGGACAUACUACUGGGCUUGCGCCGUUGCGAAACAUCUCAUGGAGCGCCAAGUCAACGGCAGCAUGAUCCUUAUCGGGUCCAUGUCUGGGGCCAUUGUCAACGUUCCGCAGCCGCAAGCACCCUACAACGCAGCAAAGGCAGCUGUCAGACAUUUGGGGAGCAGUCUCGCCGUGGAAUGGGCGCAUGCAGGAAUUCGUGUCAACACCAUUAGCCCCGGUUAUAUGCUGACUGCGCUCACGGAAAAAAUCCUCACUGAUAAUCCCGAGCUUUACAAGCAUUGGACUUCGCUUAUCCCCGUCGGCAAGAUGGGCAAGCCAGAAGAUCUGAUGGGCGCCGUGGUCUACCUACUGAGUGAAGCGUCUGGAUACGUGACGGGUGCCGAACUUCGCGUAGACGGCGGCUAUACCGUGACAUAA